GACUCAGUUGGUCUGUGGCGGCCGCUGGACGGAGCUGGGUGCUCGUGUCCUGUUUUCGGUGCUGCGGAGGGAAGUUGGGGGAAGGGCCCCGAGGCCAUUGCGGCCCAGCUUAGCUCCUCUGUUCGCGGCUGGAAGGAGUCCAGCUCCCCCUUUCUCGAUGUCCCCCUCUCUCUCCCGGACGUCCACCAAAGGGCUUUAGACUGCGUCUCCCCCCCCCCGCGACCGCCCGACUCCUGAAGAGAGUGCGAAUAUGAGCCGUCCCCUGGUGUGCGGGACCCGCCGCCGCCGCCGUCUCCCCUUUUCCUCGCCUUCGUCCUCCUCCUCGAGGCAGGUAAAGAAGAGCGAAUGGAGCGUAUCCAGCCAGAGAGAAGAAAAACAGAUUGAGCACCUAGAAUGUGACAGAGCCUCUCCUCUUUAAAGCAACUGUGUUGUUGGCAAGAUGGAUCGGAGUAAGCGAAAUUCAAUAGCAGGAUUUCCACCACGUUUGGAUCGUGUUGAAGACUUUGAUGGGGGUGGCGGAGGAGAUGGGACUGUGUCCCAGAUGGGCAGAGUUUGGACUUCUUCAUACAAGGCCUUGAUAAGUGCCUUUUCAAGACUUACACGGCUUGAUGAUUUUUCCUGUGAAAAAAUAGGAUCUGGCUUCUUUUCAGAGGUGUUCAAGGUACGGCACAAAGUAUCUGAUCAGGUUAUGGCUCUGAAGAUGAAUACACUAAGCAGCAACCGUGCAAAUAUGCUGAAAGAAGUCCAGCUCAUGAACAGACUUUCACAUCCAAACAUAUUAAAGUUUAUGGGUGUCUGUGUACAUCAAGGACAAUUGCAUGCUCUUACUGAGUAUAUCAACUGUGGUAACCUGGAACAGUUAUUAGAUAGUAAUCAGCACUUACCCUGGACAGUAAGAGUGAAGUUGGCAUUGGACAUUGCCUUGGGACUCAGUUACCUUCAUUAUAAAGGCAUUUUCCAUCGGGACCUGACAUCCAAGAACUGUUUAAUAAAACAUGAUGAGAAUGGAUAUUCGGCAAUAGUUGGUGACUUCGGCUUGGCAGAGAAAAUCCCUGACUUUUGUGAGAAACUGCCAGUGGUGGGCUCUCCUUACUGGAUGGCACCUGAAGUGUUGCGUGAUGAGCCGUAUAAUGAAAAGGCAGAUGUAUUCUCAUAUGGGAUCAUUCUUUGUGAGAUCAUUGCCCGGAUCCAGGCGGACCCAGACUUUCUCCCUCGCACAGAGAAUUUUGGAUUAGAUUAUGAUGCCUUUCAGCACAUGGUGGGAGACUGUCACCCUGACUUCCUCCAGUUAGCCUUCAACUGCUGUAAUAUGGACCCAAAGUUACGUCCCUCAUUUUCUGACAUUGUCAAGACAUUGGAAGUGAUUCUGAGCAAUUUAAGAAGCGAGGAAGAUGAAAGGGAACGGAAACUUCUAACUCUGGAUAGUACAGACCGAAAAUCAAUCUCUGUUUCCAAAGGUUUACUGGAGAGAGGACAAGGAGUCAAAAGGCUAAGUUCACUUGACGACAAAAUUCCACCUAAGUCACCACGUCCACGACGCAAUAUCUGGUUAUCACGCAGUCAGUCAGACAUCUUCUCUCGUAAGCCUUGCCGCAAGAUAAAUGUUCAAGACCCCUACUACACACCAAGCAAAGGGGCAAACCGUAAAGUUAACCCCUUCAAUUCUAGGGAAGACUUGAAAGGGGGAAAGAUCAAAUUUUUUGAUAUGCCAAGCAAAUCAGUGAUAUCACUUGUAUUCGACUUGCACUCCCCAGAGGCAGGUGGAUGUUUGAAGAUGAGCCAGCCUCUUUUCAGGCCAACCUAUAGUACUGACUGGCAAGAAAAUUCCUUCUUUUCUGGGAAACGGAGCAGAUCCCUUCCAGUCUCUCCUGAACUUAUGCAUAAAGAUUACAGCACAUUUGGGGAUCUCUCUUCAACUGUUAGUAGAUGUGAUCCUAGUCAUCUAGGAGCAGAAGUGCGACAGAAGCUACUGAGCAGCAGUAAGUAUAGUGUGUCUGAGAUCCCUCCUUUUCAGGCCAAACACCAGAGGCAGGAAUCACCACCUCUUCUGCCAGAGGAAGAUAUGGACUGUUCAGAUGAAUUGGAACCCCAAGAUGAAAAUGGUUUCUGUCCUGUAGAAAGUUCACCUGAAGAACUGGAACUCAGAAAGGCCAUGGGACAACCUCUGCAAGAUGCCCAGAAUGUUGAUGUUAUCUUGGUACAGAAUUUAGACAAUUCAGAAGAUAAGUCCUUGGAGAUGUCUGUAAGUUGCACCACCUCUGAAGACAUGGAGGUGGAAGAUGAAACUCAAAGAAAUAUGCCUUCUACUAGGUUGGAGUCUUCCAAACUAUCAUUCAGUGCUAAUCUUUCCUCACAGCCAGGCAGAGAAUCUUCUCUUUUUGAAGCAGUGGAUAGUAAUGUCUCAGACGUUGUUUCUCUGCCAUCUUCAAAUGCACCAGCACCAGUAAGUGAACAGGCAAAAUGUGACAUAUAAAUUCUAGCCAUGGUACCAUGGUGAUAAACUCCUUCCAUCUUCUUUGAUUUUACUCCUCAGUCAAAACAUUCUAGGAAAGUGUAGCAACAAACUCAUACUUUUGGAGGUUGCAGAAUGUGUUUGGAAAACUGCACACAUUAAAUUUGUUAAAUAAUCAACUAUUGGCUUACCUCAGGAGGCAGCUACUGCAGGCAAAAGGAGUGAGCCAUAUUUCUGCAGAAUGGCUGAGUCAGUGCAAGGCCAUACUUUAUGAGGAUGAAGUGUGCUUUCUCAGUCUCCUUUGCCCUCUCCUGUUGUUUCUUCAUCUGUCCUGUUCAGUAAGUUCUCAGGGUCUGUGGACGGAAAUCAUGAAAACAUAAUUUUCAUUUUUGAACAUCCGUAACACACUUUCCUUCUCUCUGUAGCAAUUGCUGAGCAGAACAUAAAUGGCUUCUUGUGUGAGACACAAAAAGAUAUUUGAAACUGGCAGUGCUCUGAUAUCCUAGAUUGGCAGUGGGGAAAACAAUCUCUAAAUGUUGUUAGACUACAGUUCCCAUCAUCUCAUCAUGGUUAGCCAUGAUGUGGGAGCUGGGUGGCCACUGGUUCUCCAGCUUGCCCUAGAUAGACAGGAGGAAGUGUAAAUGUUUCUUUCUUUGAUGCAAUGACAAAGUUCAGUAUGCUAGUUUGAAAUGUACAGUACUCUUUUAUUUCUUGAACAAGGUCAGACCUGGUUCUAGUAGCUUAAGUUUCCUAGUUCUUCCAGUUUUGGUUAAAAACACUGGAACUGAACAUUUCAGGUUUCCACUUUAGCAUUUUGUGACCAGUUACUGCUUACCUUUGGCCACAAUUGAAAUUCUAACCAAAUGGCUGUUCAAUAAAUUUGAUUUCUAUUGGGUAAAAAAGGAUAAGUGGCCAAGUGAUCACACUUCUGUAUCCUGUUGGUUCUACAUUGCAGGAUAAAUGAAGCAUAUGUCGAUGUAAAUCUCUGAUAUGAGAGAUCUUAAAGGUAGACCAGCCACUCUUCAGCAACAUUGUCUUACAAUGCAGCUCCUUCAGUCAUUGCCCAUGCACAUCAGAUAGAUAUACACAGAGAACCUUGGUUUAUAUGUUCAGUUUGUUUAACUUCUGUGUGUAUUGCACCUGAAAUUCCUCAGAUUGAAGGGAUUUGCAUGUUGCUUUCUGGCUGUUGCCUGUUUGUAUUAACCUCCCUCUGAACCAUCCAGACCAGCAAUGUGUGCUUGAAAGUAGAGAGAGGUUAGUAUAGAUGAUGUGAGAGGAAUUGGGCCAUCUCUAAUCUCUUGUUUUAAUAAUGUAACUAGUGAGAACUCCUCUGUGGGGAAGAAAUCAAAAGCAGUGCUGCCUCCUGAUGUUCAUAAGUUUCCUCAUAUCCACUUCUUAAAAAUGAACAAUAAAAAGGAGGAAAACUCCCAGAAGUAUCAAGCAAUAAUGUGGGAAUCGUAGAAUGAUACUAAAAUCUUGAAGAGCAAGUAGCUUCCUGCUUAAGAAUUAUUUACUGAACAAUUGGAAGUAGUAAAAAUGCGUUACAACCUGUGCUUAUUUAUGUAGAAGCCCUUGAAACCAUCCAGCUUCUUUUAGGGCAAAGAUAGAUGGUUAUCCUCCCAUGGUCCGUUAGAUUAUUCUACAGCAAUACUAUAUUCUACUAGGAGGAACCAAUAUAACAGUUACCCAUAUACAUCUCUUUUUUAUUUGAAAGACAAAUAUGUAUGAAUUACCAGCUUCUAAUGCACUUUGGAUUUGGUGUUACACCCCCAUCCCCAAGUGAAAGAGGUUGGUGCAUGGCUGGUGAGAGAACUAAGUGUUUUCUUCCUGUGGGCCCUCCAACAACCCUGUGUAGCCUUUGUAUGCUUUACUUGUGCUCUUAAUGGAUGUGAUGGUUUAAUGUUAGAUCAAAAAGCACACCUUUGAAUACAAGGCCUCCACAAUUCCUCUGUUCAUUUUUCCUGCUUACAUGCAAUCUUUCUGGGCUUUCUGCCAACAUCUGACUAGGGGUGGUAGCCUCUCUAGGGAAGUGUGGCAAGGGUUUAUGUGGUACUCUGCAUUUUAACAGAAUGCUGGGGCAAGAGCCAUUACAGAAAAUAUGAAGUUUUCUCUAUUCACAUUGGAGUGAAAAGGGGCUAGCUUAUUUAAAAAAACCUUAGAUGAAAGCCAUUUGUUGUUGUUACAUGGUGAAAAUUUAAUGUAUACCGUCCCAUUGUGCAGCAUGUAAGAGACCUCAGUCUCUCACAUACGCAAUCUAAAAGCCAGUAUUUCAGAGCAGGUGUUGGCCAUUUGCUGUGCUCAGUACAGAAUGUGGUCAUAUAAAUGCAGUGCUUUGUACAAAUACAUUAAUGAGUAGCUUUGCUUUUAUCAUGUUUUUGAUUCGCUGAUGGAGAUGCAUCUUGCUUUUUAUAAGCCAUCUGCAGACACUUCUAAAAUCCCCUAUCUGUUUUUAAUUCACUUGAUCUUUCUAUAUUGCAUUUAUUAAACAUAUAUUAGAAGGUAUACUUGUGGCUGAUUGAUGAAAGAAGCCUGUGUGAAUAGAUGUACAUAACAAAUUGCUGCCCCAGCAGAAGACAGGGGUAUGAUAGGUUUAUUCUUGGUUGCUGUAUCUUGUCCAAGAACACUGGUACUUCUUGCCAGUUUAACUACAGACACUUGAAUAAUUCCUCUUUGCACUUAAUGCUGCUGUUUAUACUGCAUGUCACUACAUUUCUAUGCAAAAAUAACCUUUGGGGCAGCCAAAUAUUUGAUUAAGGUUUAAAGGUCUGUGCAAGAUCUAUUUUCAUAUUUAUGAAGGAAUUUUAUGUCUUAAUAUUUGCAGUCUGUAAAUAGCUAAACUUUGUCAUUAAAGCUUAGGAAAAAAGUUUGUAGCCUGUGCAUAAUUUAACACUGCCAGAAAAGAAUUUUUGCAAACCAUAUUUUCUAAACUGCAGGUAUUUAUGAAUGUGUAAAGAAAGCAAAUCUUGGUUUUUAUAUUGAUUUAUUUUGUCUGAUUUUUUUUCCUGAAGUAUGGAAUGGAAUGUUUUACUGGAACUGAACUAAGCAACCAAAGAUGAAUUGAGUUUAAAGUAUUUGCAUAUGUUUUCUUUGUCAACUUUUGUUAACUGUUUCCCAAUUUGCUUUCAAAAUAAAAACAAAUAAAUUUA